UGCUGCAUCCCUCCCACCCCAAACUUCAGCAGCGUCUGCUCUGUUCCUUGUGGCGCUCAGUCCAGCAGUGUCCCCACUGUGUCCCCAACAUCCCUCGUGACACAGCGCCCUUCUCGCCCCAAUCCCUGGCAGUGUCACAGAGUCACAGGACGGUUGGGUUGGAAGGGGGCUCGAGGAUCACGAAGCUCCAACCUCCUCCCCAAUCUCCCGGUCCCCUCCUUGUCCCCACAUCUGUGUCCCCGUGACCCCCAACUCUCUCAAUGUCCCCCCCGUGUUCUCCCCCCCCUCCCCCCAGGCUCCAUGGGUGAGAAGAUGGCGCUGCGCCGCGCCGCGUUGCUGGCUGUACCCCCCGACUGCUUCAUCGCCUCCUAUGUCCACGGCCCCCCCCCUGGCGACCCCCCCUCGCCCCACACCGCUCUGGGUCGCUAUGGGGCGCUGGUGGCCUGCAAGGUGACAGAGCCGGGGGUCACCCCCGACCCGACGACAGUGGGCAGGAAGGUGGCGCAGCACGUGGUGGGAAUGGCGCCGCUCAGCGUGGGCCCCGAGGCAGAAAUGGGGGGGGGGAGGAAGGAGGAGGAGGAGAAGGGGAGGGAGGAAGGGGAGGGGGAGGAAGAAGAGACGCGGCUGUUGGCACAGAGCUUCGUGCUGCAGCCGUCGCUGACGGUCGCGGAGUUCCUGCGGUCCCAUGGGGUGACGGUGCUCGAUUUCGUGAGAUUUCAGUGUGGGGAGGAGGAGCGGGGCUGA